AUGUACCAGGCAGAGGAGCUGUCGAUUAGCGGUGACAUUGCCAGUGAAAAUGUAGCUCACUUACUUAGAAGCAAAGUAGAGAGACUGAAUUACCAUAAAAGGGAUUACACAAAGAUCAGUGAAAAAAUCAAUGAUGUCAACUGGACAGAUCUACUGUCUGUCAAAAAUGUAGAUGAGUCAUGGAAGGUCCUUGCAGAGACUUUAUCAAUUAUCAUAAAAGAAUGCAUACCAGUGAGCAAGACCAAAACCGACAAGUUUACCCUUAGAACACUACUUGACAGGGAGACAGUACAUGCUAUCAGGCACAAGAAAACCAGAUGGAAAAAGUACCUUCAUUGUAAAGACGAUAAGAACUGGAACGAAUACAAAAAAGCUAGAAACCAAGCUCUGAAACAAAUUAGAACAUUUAAAUACAACUAUGAAAGGAGCAUGGCCAUGGACAUCAAAUCAAAUAGCAAGACAUUCUGGAAAUACAUUAGGUCUAAGACCAAGACUAAAAGUACAAUAGGAAAUAUCAAAGACGCCAAUGGUGACCUGACAUCUAACAACAAAGACAAAGCUGAGAUCAUGAACAACUACUUCACAAGUGUUUUCACUGUCGAAACAAAUGAACCACUACCAGUGUUCAUUAGAAGAAACUAUCGGGAACCAAUCAACGAUAUUGACAUCACGGAAGACAAGAUAUUAUCGGCAAUAAAGCUACUAAAUCCAAAUAAGUCAAGUGGUCCCGACCUAUUCCAUCCGAAACUAUUAUUAGAGUCGGCUAACGAGCUUGUCACACCAAUCAAUCAUCUUCUUAAAAAAUCUCUGAAUGAGGGGAAACUACCCCAGGAUUGGAAAAAUGCCAUUGUGACCCCAUACAUAAAUCCGGAUCCAAAACCAGCCCAGAAAAUUACAGACCAAUCAGCUUAA